UGCGCACUGCAGCGCAGCGGAGCAUUGUGGGAUUAUACGGAUAUUGACAGGGCAACGAGACGAGACGGUUUGGUGUGAUUCGGAAUCUAUUAUUUUCUUCAUAAACAUUAUCCAAACAGGGACGUUAAGCUUCAACAGCAAACAAUGAACGGAUCAGUGGCCAAAAAGACGCAGGAAACUUUAGGGAAGGUGAUAAAGAAACCUCCUCUGACUGAAAAACUGCUCAGCAAGCCGCCUUUUCGUUACCUGCACGACAUAGUGAGCGAGGUAAUUCGCACCACUGGCUUCAUGAAAGGCCUUUAUGGAGAAGCAGAGAUGAAGGCAGACAAUGUCAAGGAUAAAGAGUCAAAGAUAGCGUUCCUCCAGAAGGCCAUAGACGUCGUGAUGCUAGUGAGCGGGGAACCCGUGGCUGCAAAGCCUGCGCGGAUAGUGGCCGGCCACGAACCAGAGAAAACCAACGAGCUGCUCCAGACCAUUGGCAAAUGCUGCCUCAACAAGCUCUCCAGCGAUGAGGCUGUAAGACAUGUCCUGGCUGGAGAUAAAGUGGACCUAAAGGGGAAAGCCAGCACUUCCAGGUCCCAGGGCAAGGAGAACAGAGAAGAGAAGAUUAAAGAAAGCAGUGUGAGCACUGAGCAGAAAGACUUGGACCAACCCAAGGACCAGGAGAGCAGGAGGAGGAGCGAGAAAGAGAAACACAAAGAUGGCGAGAGGACCGAGAAAGCUCGGGAGAGAGACCGGACAAAGGACAGAGAUCGGGAUAAAGACAAAAGUCGCGAUCGGGAUAAAGAAAAAGUCAGAGUGGGAGAGGGGGAUAAAGACCAUGACAAAGACAUCAAGAAGGACCGAUAUAGAGGCAGAGACCAAGAGAAGACCCAGGAUGGAGAUAGAGAUAGGACCAAGGACAGAGAACGGGACAAAAACAGAGAGCGAGACUCCCACAAAGACAGAGAACGAGUGCGGGACAAAGACAGAGAGCGUGAGCGGGACAAGCGAAGAGACCGAGAGAGAGAGAGAGCGCUUAAGAAGGAGACUGAAGAAAAGAAAAAGGAGAAAGCAGAGAAAAAAACCCGAACUGCAGAGGAAGUGAACAAGCAAAAACCUCCCCCAGAGGAGCUGAAUCACAAAGCUGAGUCAGAGGAGACUGAAAGUGAUGACCUUGACGAGGUACCUGAGGCUAAAGACGAUGAGACUGAAAGUCCUGCCAGAAUACCCAGGCCUUCAUCUGCAAAGGGACAGAGAAGUCGGCCUAAAUCUGGAGCGCAAGACGAUUCAGACAGUGAUGGAGGUGACAACGCUACAGUGGAUAAACCACUUCAUCUUGAAAAUGGAGAUGCUUCAGAGGCUUUGGCACAAAACGCGUCCCACAGCAGCAGCAACAGGAGAAUAGCACGGCCCAGUAGUUCGAGACCGGCACCUCCCCGUGUGAGGAGGCAGGAGAGCUACAAUGACGCAAGCCCAGCAGAGAGACUGGGCAGUGCUAAGCCUUCCUCUGCAGUGAUUGUUGAAAGCAAAAAGCUCUCGGAGGAUGAGGACGAUGAAGACGGACAGUUUGUGGUGGAGGAGGCAGGUCCACUUCCCUCUGACAUGCCUGAGAUUGCGAUGGGGCCAUCAAUUGAAUUACAAGGUGAUGAGAAACACGGUGGGCUUGUGAAGAAAAUCCUGGAAACUAAGAAGGAUUAUGAAUCAUCACCCUCAGCUCCAAAGUCAAAAGACCAGGAUCGGACGCCGGCGUUGGAAGCGGCUCGUAAGAAGGAGCGCGAGUUAGUGGCCAGAGAGAUCGAGCGUCUUCGGACGUCCGUUCAGAGCGUGUGUCGUAGUGCUCUGCCGUUAGGUAAGAUCAUGGACUACAUUCAGGAGGACAUGGACUCCAUGCAGAACGAGCUGCAGACCUGGAGACGUGAGAACAGAGAACACGCAGAGGCCCUGCUGCAGGAACAGAGGAUCACUGACAGUACUGUGAAGCCCCUGAAGGCUGAACUGGCCGCACUGGAGCAGCUCAUCAUGGAGCAGCAGGACAAGAUCUGUGCCAUCAAAUCUAACAUCCUCCAGAACGAGGAAAAGAUCCGAAAGAUGGUGUCCAGCAUCAACGUCUCGCAAACGUGAACGGAACAGCAACACCAAGCCUCGUACACCCAUACACCCUAACGGUGCGGCGGUGUGUUUUGAUGUGAAAACCGGAGCGAAGUGGUAUAAAUCAUAAAAAAGGUGCCUUCUGUCGAUACCUGAAUCUGUUCUGAAGGAAACAAACAAACAACAAAAUAGAAACACUCCUGCACUGUGUUAAUCCCUGCACAUAGAUUUGCACACAUGGUUUGAUUGAGAAAUAGAUGUUUGGUCACAGUGAUAUUGAUGUGGUGUAUCUGUCUACAAAAAAAGGUUUCAUUUACGUUAACGUGUUUUUUUGUUUUGUUUUGUUUUUUUUUUGUUUUUGUUUUUGUAAAUUGAGUCUUCUCCAGAUUCCUGUUUAUUUAUAGUAAUAAGAGAGACCUUCCUGGCAAUAUCUAAAACUUUACUGCUUUUCAGGUGUACUGUAAUCUAUCUACUCUCCAAAGCUUGUCUUAAGCAAUAGCAGCCUGCUUUCUGGACAGAUCCUACUACCCAUUGUUUUUAGUCCAAACCACAGCAUUCCCAGCUUCCUGUUUUUAUUUUAAUUUGUAUAUUUUUUUCCCUUCUCCACCACUCUGUCUGGGAAACCAGCACAUAAUGUUAGCAGUUGGAAGGUAUGCAUGCCAAAAGCGCUAGUCGAGCACUACUGCACUUUGAACAGGAAGACUGUGACUGAAUGCGUCUGCGUGAGCAGAAACCUGUUAAAAUGCCUGUAUUUUCAUCUCUAACUUUAUUCCGGUUUUAAGCUGAUUAGAAACAGACAUGUUGGGUUCAUGGCAUGAGAUUUAAGAACAGCUUCUAUUCAGCAAGAUGGAUCUUUGUUUACAAGGUCCAAAAAAUAAAACCAAAACAAACCACGGAAGCAGAAAUCUUUCCGAAUAAUCUUCAACCUCCAUCUUUAAUCACUACAUAACAUUAAUUAUAGUAUCGUAUCAGUAUUAUUAGCCAUAUCAUAAAUACAAAUUGUAGCACUGUUGCUAAUAGAGAAAAAAACAAAACAAUACAACAGUCGUUUUUCAUCUACAGAUUGAUUAUGAAGCAUUUCCUUUCAAAUGAUCAGUGUAAACUGUUUCUACCACAUCCAUAUCGUCUCUGUAUAAAAUGUAUAUUUUGUUUGUAUCAUAGUUCACAAAUAACUAUAACUUUUGUAGUGGAGUGAAAUAAAUGGCUACGUUUAAGUAAAA